AUGAGUCUGCUGGAUGUCCCUGCAAUCUCGCGCGGCGAAUUCCUCGCUCGUCAAACACGAUUGGCAGCAGCGCUGGACGAAGCUGGUGUCGAUGCAUUCAUUGCAGAGCCAAGUGCGUCAACAGCUUACUACUUCAACAUCUCAGCAAGCUAUGAGCUCUCUGAGCGGCCCUAUCUGUUGAUGAUUAGCCGGGACGCGCAAGUUUCUUAUCUCGCACCUAAAUUUGAGCUAGGUCGCAUUGAGCGACUGCCGUUAGUCGCUGAGAAUGUGCACGUCUAUGCUUGGCCGGAAGAAGAGUCACCUUACAAAGUAUUCCAAGAGCAAGUGCCGUAUGAUAGCAUCAUGCUCGAUGAGCAUGCACGUUUCAUGAUUGCAGCGGGAUUAAUGAAUGCCGGCAUUGACGUGUUCCCCGCCACCACUCAAAUCAAUUCCCUACGAGCAGUCAAGUCAGACGCCGAACUCGCAAUUCUGAAAGGCAUUAAUCGCUUCACACUGGAGCUAGUCCGAUCUGUACAACAAUGUAUCGAGGUGGGCAUGACCCAAGGACACGUCACAGAAGCAGCCGAGGGCCUCUUUUCUGCUGCAGGCGUCGGUGCAGGUUUCUGGUCCAUUGUGCUCUUUGGUGACGAAGCAGCGUCUCCUCAUGGUAGUCAUGAUGGUGCAGGUCGUGUGCUGAAGGAGGGUGAGUUUGUCUUGAUUGACAUUGGCAGCAGUCUACAUGGCUAUGGCUCUGAUGUCACGCGCACCAUUCUACCAAAGAAGGGAAAAGUCAGUCAUCGUUUGAUGGAUGCUUGGCAUCUCGUUCACGCUGCACAAGGCGCAGCGCUCGAGAAAAUGGUCGAGGGCACGCCUUGUGCGGCUGUAGACAAGGCUGCACGGGCUGUCCUUGACGCUGCGGGACUCGGUGAUGCCUUCACACACAGACUUGGUCAUGGACUAGGCCUCGAGAUGCACGAACAUCCGUACUUGAACGGCGCCAACAUGGAGGAAUCGCUGCUCAUGAACGAAGUGGCGACCAAUGAGCCGGGAGUUUAUGUCAUUGGGGAGUUUGGCAUUCGACUUGAAGAUGCUGUUGUGGUGGGCAAGGAGCAAGGGCAAGUAUUGACAGGACGCCGUGCCAAGUCUCCCUGGGAGCCAUGA